AUGCCGGGCGCCGACGAGACCUACAACAGCCUGCUCGACUUUGGUAUCGACACUGUCAUAGCGAGGGAAGCGUCGAAGCGAUACCUGGGGAAUGUGGAGGCUGCUGCAGACUGGUGUUUCGGUGCUGGAGCCAAUUGGGCGCCGGCCCCCAUGCUGGAUCUCCCCAAGUAUGGCGAGCACAAAGUCGAGCAUCACGAAGUCGUGGACCACGGUGGCUCUACAGGUGGUUUGUAUGUACCUGCUCCGCCUCUGCCUCCUCGUCGCUCACAAGUGAUCAAUGUUGGCUCCAACAACCCGUUCUACGGCGCUGGACCCCCUCCUCCACGCGAAAUCAUCAACGUCGACGAUGACGAGGAUGCCGAUCUCCAGCGGGCUAUACGGCUCAGCAAGGAGACGGAUCUGGGCGACUCGGCUAUGGGGGAGGACAGAGAGCAGAGGGAGCGGAGCAUCAGAGCUACUGCUCCCCCACCAAGCCCGGACCGGGAGAAGCAGAAGGAACUGAACGAGCUGGACGAGGAGAGCGAGGUCAUGGGCAGCCUCUUUGGCCCGAGCACGAAGGAGGAAGCGGGGGCAUCGGCGAUGAUCACACUGCGAGGAGCAGAUGAUAAGCCGUCCAAGGAGGACGAGGACCUGAAUAGAGCGAUACAAGACUCGCUCAUGACCGCCUCUUUUCACUCCGCUUCUGCCGCUCAGCACGUCACACGCCCAAAGCCUGAGCAAAGGAAGGAAGGAGCCAGGCCACUUGUAUUCUUGUCCGAGUCUGGGGAAGCGGCCUACGGCGCACACUUCCUGCAAGCCCUAUACGCCGUUCCGCAAGUCCGCGCAGCGAUCCUACACUUCGUCGAGGACGAUCAGGCAGAAGAUUCCACCCCAUCGACUACCACUAGCCAAUCCUCACUCGAGAAGCUGUUCCAGGCUGGAUCCUCCUCGAAGGACUCGUUCGUCGAGGUAGACGAGGUCAUCCGCUUAUUCGUGCCAAUCAGACCUGGAUCCCAGCUGCCGCCUAGGGAUUCUCAAAUUCCUCUGUUGAUGGAGCUUGGCAAAGAACUCGUCAGGGCUAUGCAGACAAAGGUGGAAAAAUUUCCUGCGCUGAAGGAGGAAUCCCCGAUUUGGGCAAGACCAGAGCUAUUGACAUGUUCGAUCGUCUAUCCUCAAUUGGGAGAUUUACCCAACUACGUCACUUUGGAGCGCAGCGCAGGCAUUCCACACAGCAUCUACCCGCAUCUUGCAGAUGUGCUAUGGCGGCCGGAUGCGGCAGCAAAGGCGAUGGAAGAGAUUGCCGAGGUCCUGACGGUGUCUCUCAUUUGGACAUUCGGGGCGGAGCGGACAGUGUGGGAAUUGGAAGAGAGGAUAGUAUUGGACCGAUUUAUGAAGGAGAACUUGGCAUGGGCAACUCAGAUUAGAGCACAGGAGGCGGUGGCGAAAGGGAAUCACAGGCGGCUCAAGGAACGUCUUGAUCACCUGACCCAGUACCAGGGCAACAAUUUCCAAGACAGUCUUUCCGCGGUUAUCAAGCACUACGAAGCCACAUCUACCGAUAAUGACGAGAACAGCUUGGAAUUGCAAACGGAGCUGAAGGCAAAGCUGGAGAGCACACUGGAGGCAUUGCAAGCGAAAUCGACGGCGCUGCAAGCAGACCUCAAGCGAGAAGAGGAGAUCAUCGGUGGGGCCUUGUUUCAGACGGAUCAGCCAGAGUAUAAUCAGCAUGUGUACACGCUACGCGCUGUUUUGAUGCACGACGGAGCGACUAUACCGGGCAAGCACCUGUACGCUUAUGUCCGGGCCGACAAUGGCGCCUGGUGGAAGAUAGAAGAACACGAAGCCACCGAGGUUCAAUUCGAGGCUAUGAAGAAGGACCAGACGGGCCUUUGGAUGGGCGGCGGACCAUACGCACUGAUAUAUGCAAGGGAUGGUCCAAGACCGGUCCGGCAGCGAUCGGAUCCGCCCGCAUCCGCAGAAAUGGACACUGUCAUGACGGAGGGCGGAGAUGCCGAAGGCGCGGGAUCGGCAACACCCCUUCAAGACAACACAACGACAACCUCAGCUUCGCUAGAAGCUCCGCCACCACCGCCGCAAGAGGCCGCGCCCACCCCUGUCUUGACCUCGUCGACCUCGGAUCAGCCGCCGCAGGACGCAACUUCGUCACAGCCGAGAUCAGACGAGAAGAGUACGAUGCCUCCGUCCCCAUUUUGGACGGAUAUGAAGAUGUAG